AUGACAUUACAGGAUUUCGAUAGUCCUAGUAUUUAUGAGUUGUAUAACUCUGCUAAGAAGUUAUUGUCAUUACAGAAUAGAGUGGAGAAUAGAAACUUAAGAAAAGAAAAUAGUAAAGCCCAAAAAAAUCAUAUAAAAUUUAAUGAAGGUGAUUAUUUAGAUUUAUUAAGUCCUUUAGAUUAUGAAGAUAAAAAUCCAAAAAAGUUACCCAUUUCUUUAAUGGACAUAACUCCUGUGAGUAUGAAUGAUUAUUCGCCACCUAAUAAUAUUAGUUACAAAAAGAAAGAAUUAAGUCCGGUUGAGAAUUCUGAUAUUAGUGCUAGUUUUAAAAACUUUAAAUCAAGUCCGGGAAAUAAACUUAAAAAGACUAUCAAACCAAAAUCAAAUUUAACUUCAUCAUUUCAAUCACCACAAUAUCAAAGUCCUGCUGCAACUACUCCCACAACUCCUAGUUCUUCCAGGGCUUUCACUCCUCAAUCAUUACCUUCAAAUGGUAUUAAUCAUAUGAAUAUGAAUAUGAGUAUGAGUAUGACAAAUAACGUUAAUAUGAAUAGUAGUAAAAAAAUUGUUGAAUGUUAUAAUUGUCAUACAGUGAAAACUCCUUUAUGGAGGAAAGAUCCUGAUGGAAAUACUUUAUGUAAUGCCUGUGGAUUAUUUUUAAAAUUACAUGGUACCACCCGUCCUUUAAGUUUGAAAACUGAUGUCAUAAAGAAAAGAUCAUCAAGAAGAUCUAUUAAUGGCAAAUUAUCUAAUUCAGUUCCUUCAUCAAAUGAUUUAUCAAAAAUGAGAUUUGGAAGUAACCACAGUACACCUAAUUCUAAUUUCGAUUUAGACGAUAAUGAAUUAAUAAAUGGAGGUCCAAGAUACAAAAACGUUCUAAUAUUACCAAAACCUUCAUCAACAACCACUACAACAAACAUUAAUAUAACGGGGGAUAAUAAAUCAUUACCAAUUCCUCGAACUUCAACUUCAAUUCCUAAUAGUCCUUCAUCACCAAUGAUAAAUGAAUACAAUCAAUCAUUCAAAAGGAAGAAAUCAAAUUUGAGUAGGAAACCUUCAGUUUCAUCAAUGUCAUCAUUCCAAUAUUCUAAUAGUAGAAAAAAUAGUAGUAUUUCAAUCCCAACUUUAAAUCAAAGAAAUUCAUUUAAUACCCCAACAGCAUCAAGUUCUUUUAGAACUAUGAGUUUUUUUGAUAAACCAAGAGAUUUGGGUUUUAGACAAUUUGAUUCUCAACCUUCACCAUCAAUUCAUUCACCAUCAAUUCAAUCAGUUACUACACAAUCCCCUGAACCCUUCCAAAGUCAAUCUUUUGAUACCAAAAGUCAAUCUUCAUAUCCUAAACCCGAAUUUUUCAACCAAGAAACCCCAUCUCAAGAUUUAGAUUGGUUAAAAUUCGAAAUCUAA